AUGGCCAGACUCAGCAGAGCAGCAGAAGAAGAAGAAGGUGACUUGUCACUGCCGGUGGGGUUCAGAUUUCGGCCCACAGAUGAAGAGCUGGUGAACUACUAUUUGAAGAAUAAGCUGGAGGGCUCCCAUGCCGAAAACAUCAUUGAUGAAAUUGAUAUCCUCAAGUUCGAGCCUUGGGAUUUACCUGGCAAGAUGGAUGGAACAGAGCAGACUCCAAAUUAUUACUUGAAAUGCAAAAAACUGAUCAAAGAUGGAUCAAGAUUCAAGAUGAAGAUCAGCCAAUCCCAAUGGAAUCUGGAAAAGGAUGGAUGGAACAGAGCAGACUCCAAAUUUGUACUUGAAAUGCAAAAAACUGAUCAAAGAUGGAUCAAGAUUCAAGAUGAGGAUCAGCCAAUCCCAAUGGAAUCUGGAAAAGAAGAAUCUAGAAGUAAACAGUCUGGAACUGUGAAAACCCCAUUUGUGUACUCUUGUUUCAGUGCAGCUAGAGUUAAGUUUGGUUAG